AUUUCUUCUGUGUUUGGGCAAAAUGGAAAUUCUAGACUCCAUUUCAUAUCUUUGCAUUUCUCCUUCUGUUUUCCUUUUGAAGUUUGUGCUUCAAUUAUGAAAGACAACAGCCAAGAAAACAAUGCAGUAAACGAUGAGAUUGUACAAGAGAAAAGAGAUAGUACCUAUGGAAUAUUUAAAAAGCUGAAUGAUAUCGAAUCCCAACAGAAAGCUGUUCCAAUAGCACCCGCUGCUUUUCCUAAUCCUGUUAUUCUCGGUGCAGCUUCGUUCAGUUGCACCGACUUUAUCCUAAGCACAGUGAAUGCCGGUUUGUUGCCUUCCACCGUAGCUUCAGGAGUUAUAGGACCAGCCUUCUUUUAUGGAGGGUCAGUUCAGUUAUUGACUGGAUUGUUAUGUUUUAUCACUAGGAACACAUUUGGUCUGUUAACAUUGACUUCAUAUGGAGCCUUUUGGAUAGCCGUGGCAACUUUGAUUACCUUGGAAAAUGAGGGAGUGUUGGUAUUCGGUGAUGAUGUUAAUAUGCCGAUAGGUAUUUUGGCCGUAGGUUAUGCAAUCCUCACAUGUUAUCUGUGGUUAGCAACAUUCAAUCACAACUUGACGCUAUGCAUAUUGAUAUUCAUGGUUGACGUGCAGCUGAUUCUCCAAUCUUUUGCCUCUUUUGGUGUCAUUUCUACCACAGCACCUGGAGUGGCUGGUUUAUUUGUUGCUGCCAAUGGAUGGUAUUUCUCAAUGGCAUUAUUUAUCAAUGAAAAUUAUGGAAAGCAUAUCAUGCCAUUGGGUGAUCCACAAACUACGCCAAUAUUUCGGAUCAUUUAUAAAGGAAUUUAUAAUAGAAAUGAUUGAGUGGAAUGAUGAUAUGUUGAUGCAUUAUAAUAAAUGUGUGUU